UUUCGGCAUUUUUAGACUUAAUUGAUGAUGAGUUGAUAUUUAUUUAUUUGCAAGAAAAAUAAAUCUCAAUUGCAAAAACAAUAUUAUUGUACCAUUUGUAUAUGUUAUAGGGAUUGCAAAAUACAAACACAUUGAACAUAUAAUCAUUUGUCUAACACAUCAAUGUAACUACACGGAGCUGCACAAUCUAAACAUGACAAGUACUAGUGUUACUUGAUUGAUCGAUAGCUCAUGUAUGGGAUAUUAAACAAAUAAAUUUUGCUGCUGUCACACGCAUGCAGAUGGGCCUAGCAGAGUCUAGAAAAGGGACAGCCUGGCUGCCGGUGGGAUAAGGAAAGAAUAGAUAGGACGGACCCAUCCAUCCCUAAUCCUCUGACCGGCACAGGCGGAGACCUCCAGGGCUGCUCAGUCGCAUCACCAGCGACGCGAGGAACUCCCACCGCGCUCAUCCUCACCGGAGAAGCCAAGAGAGGCGGGGUCCCAUGUGCCUGCACAGAAACCGGGCUGGCGGGAGGCCAUUGCCGCAGCGAAUCGGCGCAGGAGGCGGCGUGCUUCCGGUGGCGGCGUCAGUGGCCCAGACUGCUGCGUUGCCUGAGCCGGAGGUGAGGCCAGACUCGCAACAAACGACUCCUCGUUCUCGAGCUCGACCUUGACCUGUAGGUCGAAGAUGGAAGGCGCGGCAGCGAUUGGAGCGCCGGUCUCCUCGUCCUUGGGCUCGACUUUGACGCUGAAGUCCAAGGCGAGAGGCGCGGCACCGACGAGAGCGCCGGUCUCCUCGUCCUCGGGCUCGACCUCGACGUUGAGGUCGAAGGCGAAUGGCGCUGCAGCGAGGGGUGCGCCGGCUUCCACGACCGGUGGCGGCGAGUCGAGUCCAGGGACAGGACCGAAUCCCGGCGGCAUGAAGUGCUCCGGGUCCUCGUCACUUUGCGCCGGCGUCGGCGUCGGCGGGUUGAAGAUGGCGCCAUGGAAGUACGCUGGGUACGGCGGUGGUGCGAGGGCGGCGACGAAAUCAUCUUCUUCGCCGAGUAAUGGGGCCGCUGGCCCGCCGAGGAGCCAAUCCAUCGGCGGUAUCUGGAACGCCGGUUGCAGAGGAGGAGGCGGGCUUGGAGGUGCCGCUUGAAGACCGUGAGCAUUCAGAGCGAUAGCCUGAGCACCGCGUCCAGUGCGAGGCGCGAAGGCCUGGCGUGGGUUGCCAUGGUGACGUCGGCCGUGGCGACGGCGGUUCCACACGAAGGGGCGACGACGGCCACCUAUUCCGGAGCGGUGGCGAAGGCCUCUGCCGUCGGUGCGGCGACGGAAGACGGCCCCGCGGCCAUGGCGGCGGAAGAUGUUGCCGAAGCGACGAAGACGACGGCGACGGGCGAAGAACGGGCGGCGGUUCUCGCUUUGCAGGAAGCGAACAAACGCGGAUGCGAUGUCUGGCAAGUUUCUUGCCAUCUUACCUUCCUUUUCUUGGUCCUUCCUUCUCCGGUGAUUGCUCUUGGUAGAGCUAGCGUGGCUGAUAACGUGUAACGAAUGAAAAGGGAAUGGAAUCAACUGAUUUCUUCAUUGAUCAUCAA